GCUUGUUUUGUAGUUUGAUUAAGAAGAACAAGAUGAAUUAUGAGGUCAUUCAGUCCUUCAAUCUGGUUACGACAAUCAACUUGUAAUGAACUGGUUAAAACGUAACUGCAGAGUCUCACACUGUCUUUGAGGGGAUUAUCUGCUUAGUUUACUGUAAACAUACAGCAAUGACAAAACACAUUAUUCCAGCAAAAUGGAUUGCUUCCUGUGAGCACCGAGUCAAUGGUUUGCCUCUGCCGCAAUCAAUAACCAUAAUGGAGCUGUGCAGGCCCUUAAAAUGUUUGUCUAAUUGAAAGAAACAGGCCACGGACAGGAUCUUCAGCAAUUUAAAGCGCAAUUAAAGGAUGACUGCAGAGAGAAUGAGUGCCUUUCUUAUUGUUUAUGUAUCUUCAGACACACCAGUGAAGCCGAACAAACUUCAGCUCUUGAGCUAAGUGAUCGUAUCACUGUUGGGCCCUUGAGCGAAGCCUUUGACUGUGAAAACUGUCCCAGGGUGGUGGAUGAAUGUCUGACCCCAGGCCUCCCUCUCUGCUCCAUAUGAGUGUCUCGCAGGAGAUUAAUAAAAGAUAUGCUAUGCAGUUGUGCAAAUGGCAAAAGAAAUUUUCAUCAUUAUGAGGGAGGGACAAAGAAACCGUACAGCUCAAAAAAUACUGGAAAUGCUUCCAACAUUCACUGGCCCUGGAAACGAUCAUUCAUUUCUUGCUUCCACAUCGAAAAAUGUUCAACUUACAGUGGGAUCUGCUGCAUUCGCUGUGCCCUCCAGCCUGGAUGUCACCUGACCAGCAGACUGUAAUCUGAUUGGUCGGGCUCUUGCUCCUCAGAGACAGAUGUUGAUCUUUUCCAGCAGCAGGCCAAGGAAGACCCCAGAGCACACCUCUCGCCUAAUAAACUCCCUGUUGGCCCCCAGCGCUGCUCUCCUCUGAUAUUGCUGUCAAACAGGGCUGCGGAUGGGCUGAGUCCCCAUAGGCAGUGAAAAACACAUAAUGUCGACUGUCAUUUGAAAUUAGGGCUCUAUUUAAAGUGACGGCGAUCCAUUCCCCAAGGGGGCUGAGAAUAGACACUGAUAGAGACUGAAUAAGCAUACAGAAGAGCCAUGACAGAUACAAAUGUACAUAAGGGAGCUUUGAGAGUCGCUUGUAGAAAACAGGAACUCCUCCUAAAACGCCCAACAAAAGAUGGGGAAGGAUUUGUGUUGUUAGCAAUAGGAUUCAGUGCACCAGAGGGUUACUCUGAGCAGAAAAGCAGCACAGUCUUUAAUGACUUAUCAGGGAAUGACUGAGUAAUCACUGAAGGGGAAAAAGUCACAAGGGAUGAUUUUUAUUACAUCAUGAUCACAGGAAUAUCUUUAUAGGCAAUUUAUGUGUACAUCUUAUUCAGGAUUUGUUUAUUGGUUUGCAUUUCUGAGCUGUCUGACACAGUACUGUUUAACUGCCUUGUCGACAGCACAUUGCAUAUUGACCAACCUUAAAUGUGCUUUACGUUACCUCUGCCAGUCUUAAUGGCCUUUUAAUACACUCGAUAUAGAAGUUCUUAUUUUGAUUUUGGCCACUAGGGGCAGGUAGUCAUACUUUCCUUGUGCUUUUCAUCGUGUUCCGGGAAUACCCCCCCCCCUUAAGAGAAUUAAUGGGCGUGGCCAAUUAACUCCUGUGCUAAAGUUACCGCUCUUUACACUAUGCAUGUUAUGCAGCGCCGUCACGAAUCAGAAGGGAGGCAGGUCUUGCACCACUAACAGCUAUCUUACGGAUCCCUAAAGGAGGCAAGAAACAGUGUUGACUGGACUCCUCCCUGCAAAAGUAGAAGAAUGCCAAUUUCCCCCACACACAGAUGGAUAAUUAAUUUCACUGCAUUAUUACCUUUACUGCAAAGUGACUGGAAAUCAUAUUCGGAAUAGAGGAAGGAUAUAUAUAUAUAUAUGAAUAACGUCUAUCAAUGGUUAUGCAUAUCAGUGUGUCAUACAUCCAAAACAGUAAUAGGCGGCAAACGUUUUUAACGCUUGAGAUUUUCACUUUAAAUCACUGUGCAUACAUCUCUUUACUUAUUUUUUCAAGUUUAGACAAUUCACUGCGCCAUACAUUUCAUGGUGGCUUAUAGCGGUUUGGGACGCUCUUCUUUCACAUGAGAGGACACUCUCAAACCACGGGGAUGCCCUUUCCGAUACCGCAUUAAUCACCCGGGAGAUCAGCGAUCGACAGCCAGCACAAACCGGAGGCCAUACGGCAGCUCCCAAAUCGCGGUAUCGAUUGCACGGCAGCCUAAGCGCUAACUGCUAACACACGCCUCGUGACCUAGCUCGGAUGAGGCGUGACUAAUGAACCAUUCCGGCUGAGGGAAAGUCCUGUGACAGAGGAGCAAUUUCCAGCCAGAUGUAAGAGGUUAGACAUGCCAUUUUAAACCCACGUCCAGCCAUAAAGAAGCAUUGGAUACACUAAUGCUCAGGUCCUUCUAGUAGCCCCAAUGGAGCAGGAUGUGGAGAGCCCAGUCACUAUCAGACAGCCCAAGCUGCCUAAGCAAGCCAGGGAAGACCUCCCCAAACAACUGGUGGACAAAGAACAAGGCAAACGGAAGAUCCAGAGGUAUGUUCGCAAGGACGGAAAGUGCAACGUCCAUCACGGAAAUGUGCGGGAGACGUAUCGAUACCUGACGGACAUCUUCACCACCCUGGUGGACCUCAAGUGGAGGUUUAACCUCUUCAUCUUCGUGUUGGUUUACACGGUGACAUGGCUGUUCUUCGGCUUCAUGUGGUGGCUCAUCGCUUACAUCAGAGGAGAUCUGGAGCACAUAGGAGACAACCAGUGGACUCCCUGCGUCAACAACCUCAACGGCUUUGUCUCUGCUUUUUUGUUCUCAAUAGAGACAGAGACCACCAUUGGGUACGGCUACAGGGUGAUCACGGACAAAUGCCCCGAGGGUAUAGUUCUACUCUUGGUCCAGUCUGUGCUGGGGUCUAUAGUCAAUGCCUUCAUGGUGGGCUGUAUGUUUGUAAAGAUUUCACAACCCAAGAAGCGGGCGGAGACUCUAGUUUUCUCCACCAAUGCGGUCAUCUCUAUGCGAGACGGCCGACUGUGCCUGAUGUUCAGGGUGGGCGACCUCCGCAACUCGCACAUCGUGGAGGCAUCCAUCAGAGCCAAACUGAUCAAGUCCAAGCAGACCAAGGAAGGGGAGUUCAUUCCCCUCAACCAAACAGACAUGAACGUUGGCUACGACACCGGCGACGACCGGCUCUUCCUGGUGUCGCCGCUCAUCAUUUGCCAUGAGAUCAACCAGCACAGCCCUUUCUGGGAGAUCUCCAAGGCCCACCUAGCGAAAGAGGAACUGGAGAUUGUGGUCAUUUUGGAGGGCAUGGUGGAAGCCACUGGAAUGACCUGCCAAGCCAGGAGCUCCUAUGUGACGAGCGAGAUCAAGUGGGGCUACCGAUUCACACCGGUGCUGACGCUGGAGGACGGCUUCUACGAGGUGGACUACAACAGCUUUCACGAGGUCUACGAGACCAACACGCCAACCUGCAGUGCCCGGGAGCUGUCUGAAAUGACUGCCCGGGCAAGCCUGCCCCUUACCUGGUCUGUGGCCAGCAAGCUGAACCAGCAGGCGGCUCUGGACGUAGAGCAAGAGAUGAUCGACCACGAAGAGCCAGAGGAGCAGACGGAACGCAAUGGAGAUAUUGCAAACAUAGAGUUUGAGUCAAAAUUGUAGGCUUGGGGUUUUUUUUGAAAGCUCAAAUUGAUAUGUGGACCAGAUAGUGCAGAGGCAAGGUGUGUGGGGGGGUGGCGGGGGGCAGCAAGCACACAAAAAAAGGUCUCAUGUGCUCCCCACUCCGAAAUCUCCUCUCAUCUAUCUCUGCCUGGGAGAAUAACCACAAAAUAUCUAUGAUACCAAGGCUGGGACAAUCGCAUGCUCUGAAAAUUUCUUUCUUAACAGUAAGAGUUAUUAUAAUUUUGUUUUGUUUUUUUUUUUAAAAAAAAAGAUCUGACAUAUAUAUACAUAUAUAUAUAUAUAUAAAUAUAUAUAUAUAUUCUAGGGCAUUUGCAUUUGUAUUUUUGUACAUAUUUCAAUACUUGUUCCUAGCCAGUAACGGUGGAUUUAUGUUACGGAUUUGUGAAUAUUUGGCAAACAGGCAGUUUGAUACCGUGUUAGAAAAUGAACGGGGAAAAAAUCCUUUCUGUAUAUAAUGCCUUAUGUAAUAAACAUUCUUUUCAUUAGGGCUUUUUAAAAUAUCUAUAUAUAUAUAUAAGCAUGUACAAAACUCCUGUAGGUAAAUUGUUCUAUAUUAUGUAUAUAAAGUGUAAGUAGCAGUAGGCAAGGAAAAAUAUUCUGAUCAUUACUGGAUGCAAAAACUAUAUAUUAGACUAUUGUUCUGGGGACCGGACCCAGUCCACGGAUGUGUGUGUGACACACAGCCUAACACCAAGAGGCUGUUGACCAGUUGCCUAUAACCUUCGAUGACUUAAAUAGGGGAAGCGUUUUCCCCUGUUUAAUAACGUCUUUUUGUUUGUCCACGCGCUUUGUGCAAUACCCUUUAAGUUAAGCGGGGAGCACCCAAGCGUCACUCAGCGGCUGGUCGCGGGUGUGAUGCGCAUGCGCCACCGGAGCCCUUGCUGCGAGGACAGUGUCUGCGGUCUGCUGACUCGUAGGUGGAAUGCAGCUCAGCUGACUGCCAGUUCACAUCGCUUUUUUAAUUCACGCCCGAACUGUAACAAGUACUGUAUCCCUGUCCUCUUGUGCUUGCUGUUUAAGAAAAAAAAAGUGUAUCUGAAAAGCUUGCGGCCUUGCGGAUGCCACCCAGUUGAUUAGUGUCCCCCGGUGGCAUCACGUGGAGAAAAGCCUCCAUGCGGUGCGUAUUUUUAGCGAUCAGAUGGGGUGAGAGGCAGCGUAGCCGUAGCUUGUGCGAGGACUUUGAGGUUAUAGAAGCACUUUAUGUGUCAUCGCCGAGCCUCUGCAGACGCUGCUGGCUGCCAGGAGUAUUAGCGGUAUGACGGGAAACGGCAGCACAUGCAGCUGGUGUCUGCGAGUCGUCCGGCUUUGAAAACUAAUUACGGUACGAGAAAAAUGCUGAAUAAGUGACGAUAACGAGCACAGUUUGAUCACUAAAGGCUUUUCAUUCAGAUUACCGGAAUUAAAAUAGAAGCAACAUACCUGAAGGCUGAAAACUGGCCAGUCUUGACUAGUCUCAAACCAACUUUGAUAAGUGAUGAGCAUUUUUGCAUGAUACACUGGGAUAAUAUGGGACUUAUGAUCUUAUAGGGUGGAUGUAACUUACCUUUCGCGGUCAGGGAGCUAGGAAAUCUUACACUAACCCAUGAUUUGUUUUAUUCAGCCCCCAGCCAUGUUGAAGCACAGUAAAUGCAGCGCCCCCUUGUGGUAGUCUAAAAAAAACAUCCGUCCCCAGCUUCAGGUCUUUCAGCGUCCCGCUUUUUCCGGAGGAUUCACUCUCCGUGCCCUUGCAGCUUCCGUUUUGUCCAGCCUGGGGACAGGUCCUGCAUUCACACCAUGUUUAGUCAGCGUACAGGGUUUGCUCGUUGGCUUUCUGUCAAAUUCUGGCAAUAUAUGCAGCAACAGGGAACUUUUCUAAGGGGUUUCUCACCAUGCGGUUGGUAAGGCGUGACAGCCCACCCCGUCUCAAUGCUACUUAGAAGGUUGGAGGUACUUGGUUUGAGGCAUUGUGAUAGUAGGGGAAUGGAUAUAGAGAGUACCUGCUGAUCCUAUGUCUUUUUGAUACAGGCAGGACUGGCUUAACCUUCUUAAGGACCCUAAGCAAAAUUUGAUUAUCCUAGUAGUCAUUUGUCAUCUUUCUCAUUCUGAUAGGCUGAUCAGAAUGGGGGGGCUGGUGGCUGCUUGGCUCUAAACAGCCAGGGAGUUUGCUUAUGCCUUGGACCGGCCCUGGAUCAAAGGAUCACAUCAAGGCGCAGAUAUGGGAAACUGCACCAGUAGCAUAUCAAAGUAUAUGGCCAUGGUGGCCAACAUCUAGUCAAUGUUGGCAAUAUCCACAGAUACAGGAGGUGAUCUACAGAAUGGUGGACCAGGGCCCCUGGAUGGGCAAUGCUGAUCCACCUCCACGUCUCCGUCAAAACGCACAGAAAAUAUAUUUCUAAUGUUUUUUUAACUGCCCCACAAUGUGUCUGGGGACGGAAAUCUAUAGAAGCCAUUUCAGUGGAGGAGGGAAAAAUGUUUCUGCAAUCCUGCACCUUAUUCACAGCUUUUUUUUUUGUUUGUUUAUAAACGAAUGAAUCUCUCUGAUUUUUGGCUAUUUUCCAAUGUUAAGGUUUCAGUCAGCUCAACAGCAUGCAUUAUUCUGAAAUGAAUUGUAAUUCAACAGAGAAUAAAAAGUAAGGCUGCAUUUCAUUUAUCAAAAGUAAGAAAAGGGUACAUGAAUCAUUUUUACUCAGUUGUUCCCAAGAAGGCUUUUUUCCUGACUUUCAAAAAUACCGUGUCUUUUUGUUAUAUCUAUCUUCUCCUGACUUGACAUUUGAAUGUAAGGCAUGUAUUCCUUAAAAUCACCAUUUCAUUAUAUUUGACAUUUAAUGUAGUAACUCAUAAAAAGCAAGGCUUUAAGAAAGUCCCAGUUACUCUAAAAAGCCAUAUUAUAACCCUGACUAGUAGCUUUAUUUUUCUUUAAAAUCCUGUCCAGCCCUGUGUAGCAUUUCACAGGUAUCUUGCAGCUUCUCGCAUGUUUGUAUAUUUUUAGUUGCUUUCAAGGAGAAACCCCCCGAAUGAGAUUUUGCGAUGAGGGAAUGGGAGGAAACUCUGUCAUAUCUAGACUGCGGUGACACAAGGAACAAGUGGUUUCAGUGGCAGAUUAGAAAAACACGUGCAGUAGUUUAGCAAGAAGGUGAAAUUCUCAUUUAUCGGCUUUUUGUAAGACGUGGUCAGAACAGAACAAAGCAAAUACCUUUACUGUUCCUUUCAUUUAUAAGUGUAUCAUGGCUUUUGCCAUAAGAAUUAUCGUCGUGCUUAGUUGUAGUGUUACUGUUGUUGAAAAUGUGUAAUUAUUUAUUGUGUAGAAAUCAUCAAAGAGGGGUGAUGAUCAGAUCUCAAACAGUGAUCAUUUUCUGUGCAUUGGAUUGAUAUUGCCUUUGUUUCAAUGUUUAGUUUGUAUGGCUUGAUUAUCUGAGAAAUUAUAUAUAUAUAUAUAUAUAUAUAUAUAUAGGCUAUAUACACACACACACAUUCAUUCUUUAUACAAUACAUUGCAGGAGAAAUCUGUCAGUCUGCUGAUAUGUGUUCAGGGUCUUUAAUAAUUUCACAGUAUAUUCAGUCCCAUAAAUAACACAACACUGAUGGUUUUGAAUCAACCAUUUUUGGGCCUUUUUCAACAUCCUGUACCAUUCUUUCAGUUGCAAUGCAUUCUACUAUUUUUUUAUUUUGCAACGAAGGCUUUAUAUAUAGUUGUGUAACUUGGGUUGAAAACUGUUUUUCUGGACUUCAGUAACUAUAAGGUGUGAAGAAGUGAAGCCUGCGCCCAUGUUUUAAUUUCAGAAUCGCACGCCAAUCAGGAGUGUUUUGCCACCGUAAUGGGCCCACCAGUGGAUACGGUAACUGUGCCAUGUGCAGGGGAUACUCGUUUAAUGAGCUUCCUAAUUAGCUCUCUGCAGCUUGAGCGACUGAAAGCCAAUUGCAAUUAAGGCCGAGCGCACACUUAAAAUAAGUUAGCGGCGUAAUCGUUUAAAUUCUUUUGCUGAAUAGGGUUAUUAUGCAAAUACGUGACGGAAAACGACGGAGGCGAAGCGACGCUCGGUGGCACAGCCAGGACAUUUUACUGCAAAUUACCAGCAAACGUAUUAACUGCCAUAUGACCGGCUCUGAUCUCUGCCCAGUCAUGUCAUCCGCUAAGCUGUCUCCGCUUCCAGUGUCAUGCUAAAAAUAAACACAAACACAUGCGAAGUUCGGAAUUUUCUGCCAGUUCGAGAAAAGGGGAAAGUGCAUCUAAUCGAUUUUGCCAAUUUUAGCCUGGUACAAUAUCAACUGGCCAGAUUAGCACUUCUCUCCCCCCCCAUGUGUUGUGAAUUCCUGCUUGGUGUGGUAAUGUGUGAGAUAGGAAAACAACUCAAUUAUAUACGCUGAACCGGGACCGUUAAUGUUUUUACAACAAUUCCAGGCAAAGGCGUAGGAGCCGAAAGGGAUGUAUACCCCCAACAUUUAAUUUAACAAGACCCUUGUAUUUAAAUUAAGUUGAAUCCCCCCAGUAUCAAACUACGCACUUGAUACCGGGAGAGCGCAGUCUGCAUAAAAUGGUUUUGAAAUGCCAGUUUCAAAUAUGCCUAGGUGUUAAACUGAUGUUAGAAAUCUGCCCCAAAAGAUGGAGGUGAAUUAACGCCCGGUUCUCUUCUUCAUCAUUAACGUCACAUCUUUCCCUGAGAAGAGGUAUGAUUUUCAUUUUAGGUGGGAGGAGACGCGGAGCCGAAAUAGACAGUUAAGCAAUAAAACGACGCCUCCAGACAACAGAGACAGGCGGAGCCACGAGCUGGGACGCUGAGCAGGUGGAGGCAAAGCCUGCCGAUCCUGCAAAGGUUACCCGUUUCCCCAGGCUUAAGGCAGAGAACAGGCGAACAAACACACUGGAAAUGCAAAUGGUCCGAGGCGCCGCUGGGCCACUGGAACGAAACGGGCUGUUUUCUCUAAGGGGACCGCACACCCUCAACAAGGGGUCAAAUACUUGAAUUGCUGGUUUGAUGCACAAAUGUCCAUCCUUUCCGUUGGCUUUUAAUCUUCAGUUGGCAGAUUAUGUCAUCUUAGCCUAUAGUAAUGUAUUAUUCAUAUAUUUUUUGACUACUAGUAAGAGAUUAACAAGGACUGAUGAAGUUGUAGUGUGUGCGAUUCUACGUGAAUGGACGCGAUCAGAAUAUGAAUGCGUGGCAAUUAUAAGUUAAGUCCCCCAGAGUUUGUUCUCUAGCAUUUGUUGCAAGGUAUUUCAUUGACCUGCUAUGAUAUCUUUAAAAUAUUUGCGCCCCAACUCCUAAAAUAAAAAGUAUAAAGGGUGGGGCACUUUAAAUUUUGUAGGUCUCGUUAUUGUGGUUUAGAUUACUGUUUUAACCUCAACUCUAUCUAUCAAGAAUUCGUGCUGAUGUAGUACUGUAGGGCUAUUUGUCGCUCCUAGAAAUGGAAUCAGUACUAUUUAAAGAGUUUAAACAAAUAGCGAGCGGAGCUACCCUCGAACUCCACCGGCCUCCUGGCUGAGGGAAACGCUCACCCACGGUACGUGUUAGCGAGACGGCAGCCUUUGGACCCACGGACCCGGCUGCUCCGUCCGAGCUCUUUUCAGUGUAUGUGGCACUCUUUUGGCAUCCGGGAUUUUGAAAAUAGACAUUUCGGGGGGAGGAGCAAACUACUGGUACAAACCAUGGUAGACUACGAUAAAAGGGGAAGGGGAGGUUGAUGGCAGGUUCGGCCUAUUUGCAGUAUGUGAGCUGUUGAAUUAAGUAUUCGGGGGGGGGAAGGACCUCAAGGGACAGGUUUGCUUGUGUCUGUCUUUGAACCUUUGGACCCAGUUCUUUUAGUGUGUCUGUGCACAGGCAACGGAAUGAAAGCAUGCUUCAUACGAAAGCACAAUAAAUGUACAGAAAACACAAAGGAUUACAGUGCCAAAAUUUUUAAAUAAAUCGACACGGUAUGUUUCAGAAGA